AUGAAAAUCAUAAAGUCUUCUGAAAUUUGGAACUAUUCAAUUAUUCUGCUAUUUUCUAUUGUUCCAUAUCUUCCCUCGAUUUUCGGAGAUUUCAUUUUCGAUGAUGCUGAAACCGUGAAAAAUAAUCGUAUUGUCAAUGGAAAGGAUUCGAUUUUUGAGAUUUUUGAGAGGGAUUUCUGGGGGAACCCGAUAAAAUCACAGAUGAGCCACAAAAGUUAUCGACCAAUUACAACUUUUACUUUUUGGUGAGUAUUUUGGGGCCUAUUUUUUUGAAUGUUCUUAUUCCUAGUCAUUUUGUGCCCGAAAAAAAAGUUUUCUUGUUGUAGUGUAAAAGUCAAUGAGCCGUAAAUGUUUUUGUUAGAUUAGUUAGAACAAGGAAAGAUGAAUUUGAAAAUGAAACAGGGAAAAAGGCAGGAGAAGGAUUAAAUGGGUUGCUUUUGAAGAUUGCCGAUUUUAUUCAAAUUUUUUUUCUGACAAGAAAAAUGAGAGAGGCUUCUUGAUGAAAACAUAUGGAUGUUAUGGGUUUUUCGUUAUGCGGUGGUGAUUUUGAGAAUGGUUUUUUUUGGUUUGAGAAUGGAGGAGGGGAUGGGGAUUUUUUCCAAAUGAUUUAGCAAACGUAGUAAUUCCUCUGGGAAUUUGCGAAACUUAAGUUUAAAAUCUGAAUUUUCUAGAAGUGGGGAUAUAAUUCUCAUGAGCUUGAGCUUGAAUGAAAAUUUUACAGAGCCAAGAAUCAAGAAUCAAGAUUUAAUUUUUAAUUUUUUUAUUUAAAUUUAAAAAAAAAUUCCAGAUAGAAGUUUAAUUUUCAGAAGCCUAAGCUUUGGGGAAUUUUAUAAAAUUGUGAAUUGAAUCUUCAGAAGCCUAAGCUCAAAUCCAAAGUGUUUUACAAGAAAGUUUCAAGGUUCUUCAAGCUUAAAGAUAGGCUGGAAAUCUGUUCCCAGAUGAAAUUUUAAUUUUCAAAAGCUUAGGCUCAAGUCAAAAAUGUUUUACAACAAGUUCUAGCAUCAAAAUAAUUUUCUAGAACAUUUUACUCCUUUUUGAAACCUGGAUUUCCACUAAUCUUCUCUCCAAAAUUCUAGAAAUCAAAUAAAAAAUGCAAUAAAUAUCCAAUGUUUAUAUUAUAUUUAUUUCUUUCCAACCAACACCAUUUUUCAUAAAUCUGUCAACCAUCUGACUUCUUCUUCUUCCUCUAGGAAAAAGUAAAAUAAAUAGGAAGCGGUUGUCAUUAACGCCGGAUGUGGUUUUAGUGGGAAGAAGUGGUAGGAAAAGGGAACAUCUUCUCAUAUUUCUCCUGUCAUUGCGUAAGCAUUGGAAGAUUUAUGAAUGUUUUCUCGCUGCCCAACCCCAAAUUUAUAAGUAAUGCGUUUGUUUUGUUUGCUUUGAAGAUUUGGAACGAUUAGACAUGAGAAAAACGAGGGGAUAUUCUCAAGGGCCCAAUUUUUUUGGAGUAACUUAACUAAGAUUGGAGAGAAAUAUGGGUUGAGUUUUAUGGUGUGUGGUUUGGAUUGGUUAUAGGGCAGAAAUGUGAGAAGAAAACUUGGGGAAGAAUAUUUGGAAAAUAUAUGAUAGUUCUGAAUUUUGAAAUUUUACUCGUAAUACUGAAAAAUUUAUCAAAAAUAUUUUUUUGAUCUUCUAGAUUUCUCGUUUUACACAAAAUUUCGGAUUGAAGCUAGAAUGUAGGUCAAAUAUUCUAUUUGCCAGAAUAUAGUUUGAAAAUUCGACUGAAAACCUGGCGACUCUGAAAAUGUAGAAUUUUAAUUUCAAAUUCGUUUUUUAUUUUUCAUUUUUCAGAAAAUGAAUUUUAUUUUCAAAACUCAACGCUUCUUUAAAAAAAAAUUUUUAAUGAAAAAUAUCUCUGGAAAACUAUGAAAAUUGUCUAGCUUAUUUUCCCUAAUUUUUUCCAAGUUUCAAAAACUCUCUUCUCCUUUUACCUAACCUUAACCCGUAUUUAAUUUUCCGUCAUUCAAUUUUUUAAUUUCGCCAUCCAUCUUCGAAAAAAAACCUAAUAUAUAUUUAUCUCCUCAAUUUCUUCGCAGCGCAGUUUCAAUAAAAAUAUAUUGCUUCUUCUUCUUCUCAUCUUAUUGCAUUUCGCAGCUGCAAACAAAAUUGUUGUGUUUAAUUUCAACCCGACCCUUGUCAACACACACACACACACACCCAAAAUUGGUGUCAUGGGAGAAAAAAAAGGAGGAAGGAAGUGCAGAAGAAACUCAUAAUAUUAAUUGCUAUCGUAAUCCGGUUCAUCUUUUGAGAGAGCAGUUAUUGAGAGGGGUGACUAAUUAUUUGAGAGUGGUUUAAGGAGAAAACAAGAAACUUCUCGCGAGGUUCACGAUUAUCAUGAAAUCGGAAUAAAUAUAAGAGCUUGUGAUAUUAUUUUGAAAAUACAUAUUGGUGGUCCAAGCUUCUUGGGAGGUCUAAUUUUAUCAUGGGAAAUAUAGAAGGUCUACGCUUCUUGGGUGGUCCAAGAUCAUCAUUAGUUAGCUAAUCGUGAAAGAUAUAAUUAAUUACUGAUAAUUAAUAUUUAAGCAUAAUUCGUGUUCAAAAUAUAUUAAUCAAAAAACAUUUCCUACGUUUUUCUUCUUGGGUGGUCUAGAAAACAUUUUUUUAUUCAGAACUAAAAAAUUACCAAAAAAAAUCUUCGUAGGUGGUCCAGAAAAUCAACAAUCUCGAUUUACCAAGUUUCUAAAAAGAUCCACAAAACUACAGUACCCCAUACCUUCCCAAAAGAUAAUUUAUGUUGAUGGAUUUUGCCGCCAGAUGUGUGCAGGUGUAUAAUUUUUGCUGUUCGUUUUUUUUUCCGAAACGCCAAAAAAGGCGAGAGAUUUAUUACAUGACACUUUUCUCAACGACAUAUGCAAAUAUAUGUGAAGACGAAUGAAAUAUGACCUUUUUUCGUAUACUAUACAUGAAUUUUAAUCUGUCUUAUACGAGUUUCAAAAAAAAUAUUGACAAAGGGAAACAUUCCGAGGAAGAAAAAUAUUUCAGGCUGAACUUCAAACUUCAUGGAUUUCACACCUUCGGAUAUCAUUUGAUCAAUCAAUUUCUCCAUUCUCUAGUAACUUGUCUGAUCUACAAAUUUGUCAAGAAAAUCGAAAAUAUUUUCUCAACCGGUCUCGAAAAUUUGGCUCUCCCUACAGCUUUGUUAUUUGCAGCACAUCCAAUUCAUACAGAAGCGGUAAACUUUUUGAUCUACAUAUGUACAUAAGUACAGUACUCUAUUUUUUUCAGAUCUCAAAUAUCACGGGUAGAUCAGAAUUGCUUAUGACAAUGUUUGGACUUUUGGCGUUGAUAAAUUUAGAAAGUUCGAGAUUUUAUAUUUUUGUGACUCUCUCAAUGUUUUCAAAGGAGCAGGGGAUUACUGUAGUGGUAAGUUUUUUAGGAGAGUUCAUAUUUAAAUAAUGUGUUUUUUCAGCCAAUCGCUAUAUUUUUCCAUUUUCUGGCGUCUAGCCAUACCAAAUCUGCUCAGAUAAUCAAAAACAAGAUGGCCUUUCUCGGAGCUCUGAUCCUGCUUCGCUUGAAAAUCAACAAUUUUAAAAAUGCGGAAUUUACAAUUGCUGACAAUCCAAACGCAUUCAUAGAAAACCCAUUGCUCAGAUUAGUCAACCACACGUAUAUCUGGCUAUAUAAUUUGUAUCUACUUUUGAACCCGACAAAUUUAUGCUUUGACUAUUCGAUGGGUGCAAUUGAGCAAAUUAAUGGAUGGAAAGAUUGGCGCAUUUUAUCACCUGCAUUCGUUUUAAUUAUUGCUAUUGGUGGUCUGAAAAUAAUUAUAGGAUGCGUUGUUUCUGUUGCUGGUGGCGCUGGAGGAGGAAGGGGGAAUGGGUUUGAGAGAGGAUGGGAUAAUCGGUGAGUUUGAAAAGGGAAGAGGGGAUCGAGAUGAAAAUUAUGCCAGAUUUUUAAAAUGAAGAUCGUUUGAAAACAGUUCUAGCCUGGUAAAGUAAAUAUCAUACAAUUUUUUUACACUUUGCAACUCUCUAGGCGCGGCUACUGGAGAAAUCAAUUCUUUAGGCGAGGCUACUUGAGAACGCGGUUCUCUAGGCGCGGCUACUUGAGAACUUGGUUCUUUAGCCGCUGCAACCUGAAAACGCGGUUCGCUAGGCGCGGCUACUUGAGAACGUGGUUGUCUAGGCGCGGCUACCUGAGAACGCGGUUUUCUAGUCGCGGCUACUUAAGAACGCGGUUCUCUAGGCGUGGCUACUUGAGAACUCUAUUUUUUCGGCGCGGCUACUUAAGAACGCGGUUCUCUAGGCGCGGCUACUUGAGAAUUAGACAAAACUCAUUGCCAGAAUUGUUCACUGGAUGUAAGAAAAUCAGGUUCUUCAGUGACCUGAGAACGUGGUUUCCUAGGCAAGACUGCUUCAAAAUUAAGUUCUCUAAGCGCCGAUCCUUGUCAAAUUAACUUUCUAGACUCUGCUACUUGAAAUAGAAGCUCUUAAGACGUGGCGAUGAUGAUAUUUCAAGUUCAGUCAAAAUUAACUAGAAUCUCAGUUGAAAAUUGAAAAAAAAAACGAAAAGCUUCCAAAAAAUUCAUCAUAAUUAUUUCCAGAUUCUUGGCAUUCUUCAUCUUCCUUGGAGUAGCCACAUUUCUCCCAGCCUCCAACAUUUUCAUCACAGUUGGUUUCGUUGUAGCCGAAAGAGUGUUAUAUUUUCCAUCUCUGACAAUCUGCGUCUUUGGUGCGAUUAUCUACCGUACCUUUGAAAAAAAAUUCGGUAACUUGGAACUCAUUAUUUUGCUUCUUGCUGCAUCUGGAAGUUGGAAUCGUGCAAAUCAUUGGAGAUCAGAAUUAUCGCUAUAUUCAGCGGAUGUGAAAACCUGCCCAUUGAAUCCAAAAAUCCAUUACAAUCUUGCAAAAGUGUUGCGGGAUCUUGGAGACAUUGAAAAUUCGAAAAAAUCAUAUUGGACUGCGUUGAAAUUGAAUCCGAAAUAUGAGCAAGCUUUGAACAAUUUGGGGAAUAUUUUGGAAUCUUCGGGAGACUCGAAAACCGCAGAAACGCUUUUGAUUCGCGCCGUUGGAAUUCGCCCGAAUUUUGCAGCAGCUUGGAUGAAUUUGGGAAUAUCACAGAUGCAUCAGGGAAAAUAUAAUGAAUCUGAAAAUUCGUUUUUGAGGUCUAUUGAACUACGAAAAGAAUCUCCACAUUGUUAUUUCAAUUUAGGAAUUUUAUAUCAGAAAACAAAUCGGGCAAAGGAAGCAUUGGAAGCUUGGAAAAACGCAGUCAGGUACAUAUUUUAAAAAAAUCUAAAUGUUCUUUAUUGAUUUUUUUUCAGAAUCGAUGAAAAACAUACACAAGCUUGGACAAAUCUUCUUGUUCUCCUAGAUUUUCUGAAUCUUUGUGAUGACGUCAUCAAAUUUGGAACUCAAGCUUUGAAAAAUAUUCCGAAUGUGAACAAUAUUUAUAUGCAAGUUGGAACUUGUUAUGCGCAGAAAAAUGAUUUUGAAAAUUCGGAGAGAUUUAUCAAAUUUGCGAUUCAUUUGAAACCUGAUUCCAGUUUAUAUCGAGCAAAUUUAGGUGAGCUUCUUUUACUUCUUAAUGUUAAUAUUUUUCAAAAAAUGUUUUUCUAGGAGUUCUCUACCAACGUUUCAAUCGUCCAGAAUUGGCGAUUCAAGAAUAUCAAAAUGCGUUGGAUUUGGAUUCUGGAAAUCAAAUGGCUUUUAGGAACUUGCACAAACUUCAUAAUAGAACCUCAUAUUUUUAA